UCAUACUUCCCGAAUCAAAACCAGAGAGAGAGAGAUAAAGAGAGAUUGGGAGAGAGAUUCUCCUUCGUGUUUCUAAGUUCCGUUUCCUUGUUUUGAUCAUCCGGUGGUUUCACUUUUCUCAGUUCCGACACAAACUGAAGACAGAGUUUCUCGAACAAACGAGGUUUUCGGUACUUACAAACUUGUCGUGCUGUUUUUUUUCCGAUAAUCAACCACUCAUGCCGGGAAAUCGGCAAGUCCGUAGUAAUGGUUGUGUUUCCAAUCCGCCACUCGGAGAACUUGAAGAUGCUGUAAGAAGGUUGAAAGUUGAUCAGCAAAAUGGUAGCUUGGUUUCUUAUCCUGAUCGACCCGGUGAACCGGACUGUAUACACUAUUUAAGGACUGGACAAUGUGGUUAUAGAAGCAAUUGCAGGUUCAAUCACCCUUCUUCUGUAGGACAGGGUGGAACCUAUGGAGGAGAAUUUCCAGAAAGAGUUGGGCAACCUGAUUGUGUGCACUAUCUUAAGACAGGAACCUGCAAAUAUGGAUCAUCCUGUAAAUAUCAUCAUCCGGCAGAUAGAAAUGGUGCUGGACAGGUUGUGUACAAUACUUUGGGCCUUCCUUUGCGACAGGAAGAAAAGUCAUGUUCCUUCUACAUGAGAACUGGACAAUGCAAAUUUGGAGCUGCAUGUAAAUUCCAUCAUCCUGAACCUUCAUCUGUUGGAACCUUCUUGCCGGUUUAUGGAACUCCAGGCUCGUCGGUCGUGCAAUUCUCUGGUCCUCCAUAUGCAUCUGGACCGCCCCUGCAGGGAUUUCAAAACUAUGGAUCUGUUAUUGUACCAUCUCAAAACAUGGUAUCUUCAAAUGGAUGGAAUACUUAUCUGGGGUGUCCUGUGCCUGCUUUGGGGUCAGAUCUCAGUUAUUACAAAAAUGUGGUGGAAUCAGGAUCCAGUUCAAUACCUCCUUUGUCGACAACAGUUAAUUCUUAUCUGCCUGAAAGACCAGAUAAACCAGAAUGCCGGAAUUACUUGAGCACAGGAAACUGCAAAUACGGAUCUGGUUGCAAGUACCAUCAUCCUCGGGAUCGAUCUCCUCAAUGGGCUGCAUACACUUUAGGCCCGCUUGGACUUCCAAUGAGACCCGGACAAGCUGUCUGUUCACACUAUAGUCUAUAUGGAUUAUGCAAGUAUGGCCCAAGUUGCAAAUUUGAUCACCCAUUGGCAGGAUAUUAUUCCUAUAACUAUAGUUUGAAUCAUCCAACUCUAUCGUCCACAGUUGAUCCAAGUUUUGGCCCCCAGUAUCAAAUGAACGCAAUGUCAUCUCUCACGACUAAAUAUUCAUCUAAUAAGUUAAUUACCAACUUGAGCCAGAAGAAACCCGAUGAGGUUUCAGAUGAAAGCCCAAUUGCGGAGACUCCUCCUCUUGAAGAAGAUUCGUCAGAAAUUAAUGGUUUGUCUACUACUACUAGCCUGGAACUGGAUGUGCACCAAGAUGACAAUACGGUUUGAUCUUUGAUUUGGCGGGACAUGGAUUUUUGGCAUCAACUUUUCUUUUUGGGUUUAUUUAUGUAUGGAGAAAGGAAUGUAUUUGAUUUUGUUUUGUUUAGGAUGAUGAAAGGAAAGAAGAGGAAUGUUUUUUUUGGGUGGUGAAUAAUAAUAAAUUGGAGGUGAAGAUAAUAUCACACCCAUUUUUAAUAUAUGAUUAGUUUGCUGUAUACUUUUCAGUUUUGUCA